AUGAACACGAUCACGGUUGCAGUUUUGGCGGUGUUCGUCUUCUCACAAUGGUCGACCACCGCAGUUGUGGUGCCCACAUAUCCGACGGAAAAACCAAAGGUCCCAGUGCCAGCUCAACUAUUGAGAAACGACUACGUCUACGAUAAUAGCGGACAGUUUAGUCUCAACUAUCAGGUGGAUGACGGGACAUCACAGACUAGGGAAGGAACGUUGGUGUUGAACGACGAAGGAGACGAUUACGUUUUGAUUCAGAAGGGCUCAUAUUCAUACAUUUCUCCCGAAGGCAUUAAAGUUACGGUGACGUACACAGCCGACAAGGAAGGUUUCAAGAUUGUCGAAUCUACCAACGACGUCCCAGCCAGAGUGUAG